AUUCAUUUUUCCUUUACAUAUUAACUCAAUGCACUCCGGCCCUAUAUUGUAUUUGUAUCCCACAUUCCCGCUUUGCAAUAAACUCUUUCCACGAAAAUAAAACACAUGGGCAGCAGAAGACGACCACGGGAUAGAGUGUAAAUAUGGAAAUGCACAAAGUCUUUCAUAUGAUUGGAGGCGAAGAUGAAGCAAGCUACUCCCAAAAUUCUUCUCAACAAGUAAUUUAUCUCUAAUUCUCUAUAUUGCUACGACUUCAUUCGUCCCAAAAAAAGUCCUUUUUAUUCUGGAACAAAGACAAAACACAAUAAUUUAUUACUUUAUACUAUCUAUGUCUAAAAAUAAAUUAAUAAUAAAAUCAUAAUGACUUUUGAAUUUUUUUUAUUGUUAUUAGUAAAAAUCUCAUAACUCAAUGAUGACUACAUUAUGGGGUCAGAGGUAGUAUAUCGUUGAAUGCAAGUGGACAACUGAUAACUAAAGUAAUGUUUCUUUUUGUACCAAAAAGAAGAAAAAUUAAGGAGUAAUGUUUCUUUUUGUAUAUGUGUGUGUUCGUUUAAAAAGAGGUUGAUUCUGAGGGAAGUGAAGCCCAUCCUCAAAAAAUGCACAGACAAAUUGUUUAGGGACAUGAUGGAAAUGGAUCUCCCAAAUAAUAAUUGCAUAAAAGUAGCAGAUUUGGGAUGUUGCUCUGGGCCAAAUACAUUUCUGACAAUCCAACACAUCGUACAAAGCAUCGAUGAAGCCUGGUCCCAAAUUUCAGAUGCAGAACUACCCAACAUUCAGUAUUUUCUAAAUGAUCUUGUCUCCAAUGAUUUCAACCUUGUUUUCAAAGGGUUGCCUCAGUUUUAUGAAGAACUGGAGAGAAAACAAAAUGGUCGGAAAUACGGGUCAUGCCACAUUGCGGCUAUGCCGGGCAGCUUCUACGGCAAGUUGUUUCCGGAUGGCUCCAUGCACUUUGUCCACUCUUCUUACUGUCUCCACUGGUUAUCCCAGGUUCCCGACGGGCUGAUUCCAGAAUCGGGCAAGCCAAGGGAUAAGGGAAGCAUUUACGAUGACAAAGCAAGUCCUUCUUAUGUGCACCAAGCAUUUUUGGACCAAUUUACUCGAGACUUUACAAUGUUUUUAAGAAUGCGUUCUGAAGAGAUGGUAAAACACGGGCAAAUACUUUUAACGUUUAUAUGCAAAGAUAGCGAGGAAGUUGAAGGUUCCCACUACUUAUCUUUGAUGGAGAAUGCUUUAUCGGACUUGGUAACUGAGGGAUACAUAGAGGACAAGAAGUUGGAUACUUUCAAUCUGCCCAUCUACGAGCCUUCAAUCCAAGAAGUGAAGAAGAUAAUCGAAAAUGAAGAAUCAUUCAAAAUCCUAAAAUUUCAAACCUUCAAGACCUGUCUCGAUGCUGGUUUCAAAAGCAGAACCUGUGAUGAUGAAGAUAAUCGGAUGGUUAGGGCUAGAUAUGUGGCCACUUACCUGAGGGCAGUUUUUGAACCGAUUUUGGCAAGUCAUUUUGGGGAGACCAUUAUGGAUAGUUUGUUCCAUAGAUUCGAAAACAAGUUGGCGAAUGUCGUGGAGAAGAGGCAAGGCCUCCUCAAUAAUCUGGUCAUUUCCCUUCGCAAAGAAUGAUGGCAAUCCGAUUAGAAACAAAAACAAAAAUACCGAAUGGAACAGGUUUGCAUAUUGUUGAAACUCAAAGCAGGUUGGUUGGAGACUAAGAAAAGUAUAGUGGUAGAUAAUAAAGGAGUGGUAAAAACUCCUCCGAAUAUGAUAGAGCCUAAUCGAUCGACCUAUGAAUAAUGCACUAGAUCAGUUCUUUGAUGUUUCAGAAGUAAACGACUGGCCUUAAGAUUUAUGGAGUGGAGACAUAUUCCUAGUACAAUAAUAUUAUCAUGCAAUUAAUUAAGUGAUGUAUUGAACAAAAAGUACAAAUUUGAAAACUCAAGAUUGACUAUUUUUUUUUUUUUUUUUGGAUAGAGGUAAUAACCGAAUAAGCAUGUUGAAGAGUUCUCUGAUCACGCCUUCAGUACAAAAUGACUUCACGCCUCCUAACUCACACAGCAGCGUGGCAGCCACGACUUUGACGUCUGCAAUCACGCCUUGUGAUCAAGUUGCUUCACAUGGUCUUGUCCACAUCAGCAAUGAAGAAACGAGUUGCAGCAUGAAUUCUCGACCGAAAGAGAAGAAGCUUCCAGCCACUUGUUCCGAUAUUACGUCAGCUUUCAGCGAGGAAGUUACGCAAAAUAAGUUCUGGAAACUGCCUUAGAGUUUGUAUAUUCUACAAUUCACGUGUACAGAAUUAGAUGAGGAUUAGCUACUAGUUGUCUAUAAAUACUGGAUUAGCUUCAUUGUAAAAGUAACUUAGCGAUUGUAAAGCAUAUAUGAUGCAGAAUUUUCAGAUCUAAAGCUCUGCUCUCGUUUUCAGUUUCUUUCUUCUUCUUGAAGCUUCUUCCUGAAGCUUCUAGUUUGAUCUUUGAUUCUGUUAACUUGUUUUACAUGUCUUGCCAUGCCAGGAUUAAUAUAAAACAUGUGAAUGAAACUUCACCUUCCUUGAGCCCAUGAGGUUUAUAAUGACUCGAUGAUCCACCAUCGAUGUUUACCUUGACUUGAGCUUGAUAUUAUAGGCAUAGUUUACUUCCAUAGUGUUUUCAUUUAAAUUGCAGGGGUUGAGUCUUUAUUUAUCGUAACCC